AACAGGCAUCCUGCCCAAAGAUAUCUACGUUGCAAUGUCCCUCUUUGCUGCUGUGACGGCCGCGGACGAGUUCCUGUGAACAACGCGGAAUUUGUACGCUCACUUUCCAGCACGCCUCCGUACCACACCAUGCGUACUCCACAGACCGACUUCGACUACAUCAUCGUAGGAGGCGGCACGGCUGGCUGCGUCGUAGCCGCGCGCCUCCACGAAGCCCAUCCGCACCUCUCCAUCGCAUUGAUCGAAGCAGGGGAAGAUGCGACUUCUGAUCCCAAGGUUCAAGAUCCAAGAGCGGCCCAGUCGAUGAACGACACAGAUGCGCACUGGACGUACACAUCGACCGAGCAAGUCCACCUGGGCGGAAGGACUCUCACUAGCUUGGGCGGUAGGCUUCUCUCCGGCAGCAGCGCGGUCAACUACACGGGCUGGCUUCGUGGUAAUGCUGCGGACUACGAUCGCUGGGCGGCCUUGGUGGGGGAUAGUCGUUGGAGCUACGAAUCCAUGCUGCCGGCUUUCAAGCGUUCGGAACAUUGGCACGAUGCGGGCGCUGCCACCGCGCAUCUGCAUGGGUUCGAAGGCCCGAUUCGAACGCGGACCAUCGAUUGCGGCUUUCCCCUUCGUGAGCCUAUGCGAGAGGCUUAUGAGUCCAUUGGCUUUCCGUACAAUCACGACAUGAACUCUGGUGAUCCUAACGGUAUUUCUUCGAUGGUCAUGAGCUGGCACGAGCUCAAGCGACAGCAUGCUGCGGCUUGUUAUCCACUCGAUGGCGUCCACAUUCUGUGUAACACUGUUGUGUCGAAGAUUCUGCUUAAGGAUAACAGAGCCACUGGUGUGGAGAUUACUGGAAAAGGAGGCCAACUGCGGGCGAGGAAAGAAGUGAUUAUCAGCUGCGGUGCCAUCCGGACUCCGCAACUUCUGCUUUUGUCGGGCAUUGGGCCGAAGAGCGAGCUCGAUAAGCACCACAUCCCGAUAGUGGUGGAGUCCCCAGACGUUGGCAAGAACCUCAGGGACCAUCACGGGGUCAGCUUGGUCUGGAAAUUGAAACACCCCGAGCGCGGGCUUGCGCUGGGCUCGCCGGCUUUCAACAAGCCCGAAUAUGCACACAGUCUGCCGAUGGACUGGAUGAUAACGGGCAGUGCACCGGAGUCUGAUCUGCAGAAGGCUGCAGUAGUCGACGGCACAAAGGUUGAGCCGGGAUCCCGCAGCGACUUCGAGCUCGUCCCAACGUAUCUAGCCAAUGGGAGAGGGCUGAUGCCAUGGAUACCAUUCAAUGGGGAAUACAUCACCUGCCAGAACGUGUGCCUGUCUUCCACUUCCCGCGGCACCGUCACCCUCCGCUCCACCAAUCCGCUCGACAAUCCUGUCUUCGAUCCCAACUCCCUGAGCACAGAGCACGACCGCGCAGUCCUGCGAGCAGCGAUGCGCACCACCAUGCACGCCAUGUCGUCCGCCGCACUGGCGCCCUUCCUCGAGCCUGGCGAAGUACCUCCGCCUGGGCAGAGUUCCCUCAGCAAGUCAUCGACAGAUGCGGAGCUCGACGAACGCAUCGCAGCUUUCGCUCUCGGCUAUUAUCAUCCUGCGGGAACGGCAGCCAUGGGUCAUGUUGUAGAUAGCGAGUGUCGGGUGAAGGGCACGCAGGGCUUGCGGGUGGUGGAUGCCAGCAUUAUGCCGCUAGCGAUGACCGCACAUUUGCAGGCACCAGUUUAUGGGCUGGCUGAGCAAGCUGCGGCAAUAAUUGCGCAGUCUGCGGCGUGAGAAUCUCGCCUGGUAGAGCUACCGCUUGAAAUUGUUCGAGG